AUGGUACCGAAUAUUAUGACAACUAAAAUGGCUGAUACUAUCAGUGAUGGUAUCAAACAAGCAAUGGACCAAUGUAGUGAAAAAUUCAAAUUUAAGCAGUGGAAUUGUCCCAAAUCGGCAUUUUCUAGGAGAAACUUUCAAAAAAUCGGCCUAACCAAAGAAAUAGCCUUCGCAAGAGCAAUAACUACAGCUGGCAUAAUGCAUACCCUCUCACAACGCUGCGCUAAGACUGGCAGAAGCCAUUGUGCUUGUAGCACCAACUCAGAUGCCCUUCUAGAAGCCAUGAACCAAUUCGAAGAUACAACCCCAUCUGGGAAGCACCAAUCUUUCCUGACCCAGACCACCAAUAGCAUAGAUGAUAAGGAAUAUGACGAUGACAUCGAUGAAGACGCUGACAAAGAGAUCCAAACGGACAACAUUGUUACCAGCUGGUCUUGGGGAGGUUGUUCAGAUGAUACUGGCAACGCGGAGAAGACAACACAGCAGCUUUUCUCGGCUUUUGAAUCUGGAAACGAUAUGCUUGCCUUUGCAGAGAAGCAGAAUAAUAUUGUUGGACGAAGGGUACGUAGUGGAUACUGCUCAUUGCUUUUAGGGAUAUUUGAUAAGAUUUAUCAAUGGAUAUGGUCGAUUUAG